CAGAAACACGGAAGUAGAAUGUAAACCGGUGUGUGGAGGAGAAAAGAGGGAGGGCCAUGUACACACAUAUGUGACUGACAAAACUCACAAACUCAUAAUGGAGUAGAAAGGUGUUAGACGGGGAAAGAGCAAAGCAGAGCUCCGUGUGACCUGACCACGAUUGUGUAGAUCUCCAUUUCCUGAUUUCCUUCUUCUAAACUGCCAAAAUGUCACUGCUGACUCACGUGCUGGCAUGCUUGUUUGGCAUGGGCUCAUGGGUGGCCAUCAACGGAAUGUGGGUAGAGCUCCCACUGAUUGUACCAGAGAUCCCAGAGGGUUGGUACCUUCCAUCCUACCUCACAGUCCUCAUCCAGAUGGCCAAUGUAGGACCCCUGUUCAUCACCCUUAUGCACCGCUUUCGUCCAGGUAUGCUGGAUGAACGACCCGUUGUCUACUGCAUUGUGGUGUUGGGGAUCAUUGCAACAUUCCUUUUGGCUUUUUUCUGGAAGCAUACAGUGACAAUAGGGGGCGCCCCGCACAGUGUGCCCCUGUUGAUAUUAUGUUUCCUGUUGUCGGUCGUGGACUGUACCUCCUCUGUCACCUUCCUGCCUUUCAUGAUGCGCCUAAGCCCCCAGUACCUCACUACCUACUUUGCAGGGGAAGGCCUCAGUGGUCUGGUCCCUGCACUGGUGGCUCUAAUUCAGGGCGUUGGUGUCGUCCAUUGUCAGAAUGCCACUUUGACAGACUCAUUUAACCAAACUGUUGGUAGUGGAGAGCUGGAAGCGAUUUACCAACCAGCAACAUUUUCUGCUCAGGUCUUCUUCGUGUUUCUAAGCGUUAUGAUGGUUGUUUGCCUGAUUGCCUUCACCCUACUCAAUCAUCACCCUGCUGUGGCUCGAGAGAAGAGGAACGACAUGUAUUUCAGUGAAGAAUCGGCGCCUGGGAAGAGAGAGCAAGGGUUCUCUUUGCACGCUCAAACACCAGAGCAAAAGCCAAUGAUCAAUCCCUUAGAGUCUUCAAAGAGAGAACCCCGCAGCUCCUUUGGCAGGGGCACAUACAGCAACUUUGAGGUGGUGUUUAUCUUUGCUGUGCUGGCGUGGGUGAAUGCUCUGACCAACGCAGUGCUGCCAUCAGUGCAGUCUUACUCCUGUCUGCCUUAUGGGAACCAGGCCUAUCAUCUGGCUGCUACCAUGGCCGCUGUCUCCAACCCAGUGGCCUGUUUCAUUGCCAUGUUCAUGCCCAUCAGGUCACUCGCCUUCAUGUGUUUUCUGACUGUGUUUGGGACUGGAUUCGGAGCCUACAUCAUGGCCAUGGCUGCUUUAAGUCCUUGUCCUUUGCUGGUCCACAGUGCUUCUGGAACUGUUGUUAUAGUGCUGGCUUGGAUCCUGUUUGUUCUUUGUCUGUCCUAUGUGAAGGUCAUCAUUGGGGUGAUUCUCCGGGAUGAGGGCCAUAGCGCCCUCGUGUGGUGUGGAGCAGUAGUCCAACUGGGUUCCAUGGUUGGUGCCCUGUCCAUGUUCCCACUGGUCAGCGUCUAUGGACUUUUCAAGUCAGGUGACGCUUGCAACACAGAGUGUCCCAUGUAAAGAAGAAGUACGUUAAAACACUGCUGUACAAACCAGAAAUCUAAGUUGCACCUAUACCAUGCCAUGCCGCCACCAUGUUAGUAGGCGUGAACUCAUCAAAGUCUUUAGCCUCACAUAUUUGGAAGAGAGAUGAGUCGCCUUGAUGUUUCAAACGACUUGUUAAUCAGGUAAAUAAGCACAUUACCCAUAACCCACACAUCAACGUUCUUUUUUUAUGUUAACCAUUUAAUAUAAUAGCUCACCUAUUAUAUAAAAUGGUUAACAUACAGUGACUGUAUUACAUUUUGAGUGUGUACUACUAUGAUGUACUUCUAGGCUCUUUGUGUUAAUGUUUUAUAUACUUUUUGCUGAAAAUGAUUUGCUUUGUAAAUGUUACUUGAGUGAAGGUACUGUUAAAAUAAAUCUUAAAAACAAAAUAAUGAUGUUCUUUUUCUUUUUUUUUUUUGGAUAUACUUAACUACUUAACGAUUUCUUAUACGCCGAUUGUGG